AUGGAUUACAUGAUUUUUUUUGAGCCAUAUACGGACGAGGUGAAGAAUAAUGUCCUCGAUGGCUUAAAGAAAGAGGUAGAAGGGGUGAUUGUACUUAUUUCAAAUAAGGAUAGUGAUGAUGAUGGGGAUUUGGGCGGUAACCCCGUUGAAGUACACAUUGGUGAUGAUGAUACUCUGAGCACCUCCAAAGAUGCAGCAGUGAAUGUGGACCUUUGUGAAUCAGGGAGGAAUGAAGAAGGAGAAAAAAUAAGCAAAAUGGAUGAGUUGGCUUCUGUUGUGGCGGGAGAGGAAAAAGAAGAAAAGAAGGAUGAAGAAGAAGAUAUGUGCCAAGAAGAAAGUUCAAAAGAAGCAGCUGCAUCAGAAGCAGAAGAAGAAGCUGAAAAAGAAUCAGCAGUAGAUGUCCAGAAAAAAGGAGAAGAAGGUGAAGAAGCACCAGCUAAAGAAAGUCCAAAAGAAGCAGCUACAGAAGCAGAAGAAGAACCUGAAAAAGAAACAUCAAUAGAUGUUAAGAAAAAAGGAGAAGAAGCACCAGCUGAAGAAGUACCAACUGCUACAGAUGCUGAAAUAGAAGGAGAAGAAGGCGAGCAUGAAGAAGCAGCCGAAGCUGCUGAGACAAAAGGAGCUGAAGCUGACCAAAAAGAUUUGGGUGUUGUCAUAGUUGGUGCAGUGUAUGGUUGA